AUGCGCUGGGAAACGAUCCAGACCGUCAAAGGCACUGCUCCUUGCAAACGGUACGGCCAUACUGCAACACUGUGGAACAAUUGCAUUAUCGUCUUUGGUGGCUGCAAUGAGAUUACAGAGUAUUGCAACGACAUUCACAUAUUCGACCUCGACAAGCUGACUUGGUUUCAACCCCAAGUCACCGGAAGCGUGCCUGCACGCUAUCUGCACAGUGCGGUCGUGUUCGACAACAAGCUCUUUGUCUAUGGUGGAUUUGCAAAGAACUCGGAUUGCACCUAUGUACUGGAUGAAUUGAGCGUGUUGGACCUAAAGACAUUUGUUUGGUCUAAAUAUCACGGGGUUCCGCCACGGUACAACCAUUCGGCAACCUUGAUCGGACACAAGAUGUACAUUUACGCCGGCAAGGACGAGCACGGUAACACCGUCUCUGAUCUAUUUGUGAUCAACCUCAAUGCGCCACCUUACACGCCGCAUCUCGUACUGAGCGGGUCCCAGUCGAGUGCGAGCUCACACAUGGUCUUGCUCAAAAGCCAGCAUUUCUGCGAAGCGGUCUGUGGCAAGUUAUUGGUCUUUGGACGUUAUCUCGCGCACGACUCUGUGUAUGGCCUGUGGAUGCUGGAUCUGGACACACUCGAGUGGGAGCGACAGGAAUGCAAUGCAAACUUUGAAGUGGGUGGCUGGAACUACUUUACCAUCGUCAGCGAGACUGGGAGUCUUGGAGGAGACGAGCAGUCGCAGGUUACGAUGAACAACUUGUUCUUUCUGGGUAACACUGAUCCAUUCCGACCCCAGGGCUAUGACCAUUUCAGGGACGCACUGGUGAUUAACGCAGAAUCACUGGGACUGUAUGACAUUCCACCACCCAACUUUUCGCACGAGUUUGCACAGCUCCUCAACAAUCCAGAACUAUCAGACUUUGUGAUCGUGCCGUCGAAUGGACAAGAACUGCAUGUGCACCAGGUUAUCUUGAUUACGCGCUGGCCGCACUUUAGGGAUAUCUAUCGGUCGGGGAUGAUCGAAGCGCAGCAACGACGCAUGGAAAUUCCAGAACCGUACGAGAUUGUGCUUGCAUUUCUCAAGUACCUGUACAGCGACCGACUGGACGACAACGAGCCGUGGCAGGUGGUCUGCGAAGUGCUUGUGGUGGCCAACAUGUAUCUGUUGAAUCGAUUGAAAAAGAUCUGCUGCGAACGCCUGUUUCGCCAUCACAUGACGGUCGAGAGCUGUGGUUUGAUCUUUGAGAAGGCCAUCAUGGCCGAUGAGGCCGGUCUCAAGAUGCUUGCGCUCGACUUUAUGUUUAGAAACUAUGGCUCGGUCCUCAAGUCGGAUGUGCUCCUGCAGAUGCCCAUCUCUGUGCGCCAAGAGUUCAUGGAGGCGGUGCCGGACGAAGCAGUGCUCGAAGUCAGUCGCUCGUCGUCUUCCAUUGUUCCUCGCACGUUGCCGUCGCCUACCAAAUGUCUUGCGGCAGUCGCUGCUGCCGCGUCUACCGCUUCUUCUGUGAAUAAUAAUACCGUCAACAAUAACAGCAUUACUACUACAUCUACUACUAGCACUUCUCAUCAUACUGCCACUAAUACUAAUACGACUCCGUCCAGCAUGCUGGGUAUCUCCACUCCUCCACAUUACUCGUCCCCUACCUCCUCCUCCUCGUCUUCUUCUUCUUCGUCGUCGUCGUCUUCAUACAGUCCUUCAACGGCGACAGCAGCAAGUACAACAGCGGCAGCGGCAGCGGCGGCAGCAGCAGCAGCAGCAGCAGCACGGAUGCGACAUUCGAUGAGCAGCGGGGUGCAAACAAAUGGCAUGAGUGUGGGCGUAUAA